AUGGGCGGCCAACUCUCCAAGAUGAUGGGCAAGAUCUUCGGGUCCAAGGAAAUGCGCCUCCUCAUGCUCGGCCUCGACGCCGCCGGCAAGACGACAAUCCUCUACAAGCUCAAGCUCGGCCAGGACGUGACCACGAUCCCCACCGUCGGCUUCAACGUCGAGACCGUCACCUACAAGAACGUCAAGUUCAACGUCUGGGAUGUCGGCGGCCAGGACAAGAUCCGUCCCCUCUGGAGGCACUACUUUAGCGGCACACAGGGCUUGAUCUUUGUCAUCGACUCGUGCGACCGCGCGCGCAUGGACGAGGCGAGGCAGGAGCUGCACCGCAUCAUCAACGACAGGGAGAUGAAGGAUAGCCUGCUGCUCGUCUUUGCAAACAAGCAGGAUCUGCCUGACGCCAUGAAACCCCAAGAAGUCACCGACGCGCUGCAGCUUUCCAAACUCAAGGACAAGAUCUGGUUCGUCGUGCCCAGCUGCGCCACCACCGGCGAGGGUCUCCUCGACGGCCUGCAGUGGCUCUCCGCCAACGUCAAGGCGCCGCCCGCCCCGGUUAAGAAGUAG